AUGCCUUGUGGAACCACAUCUCUUCUCUUCGGAGCUCUGUUGUUUUUCUGCUUCUCUUCUUCCUUCCCACCUUUUAUUGCAGCACAGCAGCAGUCCAUUACUAACCCUUUAGAAGUCGACGCGUUGCGGGAUGUCCGCAGAAGUUUGAUCGACAUCAAUAGGAAUUUGAGCAAUUGGAAUAGAGGGGAUCCAUGCACAUCCAAUUGGACAGGGGUUCUGUGUUUCAAUUCAACAAUGGAUGAUGGCUAUCUCCAUGUCCGAGAAUUGCAACUGCUGGACAUGAAUCUCACAGGCACUUUAUCACCCUCACUUGGGAAAUUUUCAUAUCUGAAGAUCUUGGACUUUAUGUGGAACAACAUAACUGGAAGUAUCCCGAAGGAGAUAGGAAACAUUACAUCUUUGGAGCUACUGCUCCUUAAUGGAAACCAACUGACAGGUUCCCUUCCAGAAGAGCUUGGCUAUCUUCCAAACUUGGACAGAAUACAGAUUGACCAGAAUCAUAUAUCAGGACCACUACCCAAAUCGUUUGCAUUGCUGAACAAAACAAAGCACUUUCACAUGAACAACAAUUCAAUUAGCGGGCAAAUCCCUCCGGAGCUGUCCAGAUUACCAAGUCUUGUUCACUUCCUUUUAGACAACAACAACUUAUCUGGAUACCUCCCACCUGAGUUUUCUGAACUGCCGAACUUGCUUAUACUUCAACUUGACAAUAACAAUUUCAAUGGAACCUCAAUUCCUCCAUCUUACAGCAGCAUGACUAAAUUGUUGAAGUUGAGUCUGAGAAAUUGUAGUUUGCAAGGACCAAUACCUGAUCUGAGCAGUAUACCGGACCUUGGAUAUCUGGACCUCAGUUCAAACCAGCUGAAUGGAACCAUACCUUCGAACAAGCUUUCUGAUAAUAUCACAACCAUAGAUCUGUCCAGCAACAAUCUUACGGGAACUGUUCCGUCAAGCUUUUCAGGUCUUCCUCUUCUUCAGAUAUUGUCACUUUCAAACAACUCCCUUAAUGGCUCUAUUCCAUCUAAUAUAUGGCAGAGUAGGAGUAACAGUGGAAGCAGAGGACUUAUUUUGGAUUUUGAAAACAAUGCCUUCUCAGAUAUCACUGGCAGUACUGCUCUACCUCCAAAUGUGACACUCUGGCUUCAAGGGAACCCUGUUUGCUCAAAUUCUACCUUUGUCAAGUUUUGUGAAUCUCCUGUUGAUGAUUUGAAGAAUGGGAGUUCAACAAGCUCUAACUUGGUCUGCCCCAUUCAAGCAUGCCCACCACCAUUUGAAUAUUCCCCAACUUCGUCUGUAUCCUGCUUCUGUGCAGCCCCUCUAAUCAUUGGAUAUCGACUGAAAAGCCCUGGAUUUUUUGAUUUUCGGCCUUAUAAAGAUGACUUCGAGUGGUAUUUGACUGAGGGACUAAAAUUGCAACUUCCCCAGCUAGACAUUGCUGAGUUUUCUUGGGAAAAAGGACCUCGAAUCAAAAUGCACUUGAAGAUUUUUCCUGUCUAUGAUGUCAACUCCAACAGCUCUCAUCUCUUCAAUAGUAGCGAGGCUCGUCGUAUCAUAAGCAUGUUCACUGGAUGGAACAUUCCUGAUAGUGAAAUAUUUGGACCUUAUGAGCUUCUCUACCUGACUCUGCUGGACCCUUACAGAAAUGUGAUUGGUGGAGGCUCUCAAAGUUCUGGGAUAGGUAAGGGUGCUGUGGCUGGGAUAGUCUUGGGGGCGGUUGCAGGUGCAGUGACGUUAUCUGCUAUUAUCACACUUCUGAUUGUCAGAUCACAUUUGCGGAAGUAUCGCAUAGUUUCAAAGAGGCGCCAUCCAUCUAAAGCCUCCAUCCGAAUUGAGGGCGUCAAGGAUUUCACUUAUGCCGAAAUGGCUUUGGCAACAAAUAAUUUUAGUAGUUCAGCUCUAGUUGGUCAAGGAGGGUAUGGAAAAGUUUACAAAGGUAUUUUGGCUGAUGGCACUCUCGUGGCGAUCAAGCGUGCUCAAGAAGGUUCAUUACAAGGGGAAAAGGAGUUCUUGACUGAAAUACAAUUACUCUCAAGGCUUCAUCAUAGGAACCUUGUGUCCCUGACUGGAUACUGUGAUGAAGAAGGUGAACAGAUGUUGGUUUAUGAGUUUAUGCCGAAUGGCACUUUAAGGGAUCAUCUCUCAGGCAAGACUAAGGAACCCUUGAGUUUUGCAACACGAGUAAGGGUUGCUUUAGGUUCAGCCAAGGGAAUACUGUAUCUCCACACAGAAGCGGAUCCCCCGAUUUUCCACCGAGAUAUCAAGGCAAGCAACAUACUACUGGACAACAGAUUUAAUGCGAAGGUUGCAGAUUUUGGACUCUCCAGGCUUGCACCAGUUCCAGAUAUUGAAGGCGCAGUGCCUGCUCAUGUAUCCACAGUUGUGAAGGGUACUCCUGGUUACCUGGAUCCGGAGUACUUCCUAACCCAUAAGUUGACGGACAAAAGUGACGUCUACAGCCUUGGUGUCGUCUUUCUAGAACUGCUGACCGGUAUGCAACCGAUCUCACAUGGGAAAAACAUUGUUCGUGAGGUUAACAUCGCAUACCAGUCCGGUAUGAUAUUCUCAGUAAUUGAUGGGAAAAUGGGAUCAUACCCUUCGGACAGUGUGGAGAAGUUUUUGACAUUGGCACUAAAGUGCUGCCAAGACGAGACAGAUUCGAGGCCGUCAAUGGCUGACGUGGUAAGAGAACUGGAGAGCAUGUGGUCUUUGCUGCCUGAAUCUGAGACCAAAACUUCAGAGUUGAUGUCUACUACAGAUACAGAUAGUACAGAUCCAAAAAGGGGAGCUGCCAGCACAACUUCCUCUGCUUCCUCGUCGCUGAAAAAUCCGUAUGUGUCAUCAGAUGUGUCGGGCAGCAAUCUCGUGAGUGGAGUUGUACCCACCAUUGCUCCCAGGUGA